AUGCCCAUCCUAAUCAACCCCAUAACAAACGAACCCUACAUUCCCCUCCCCGCCCCCCAUUCAUCCAUCAUCAUCACCCCAGCGCGGGCCCCGAACGCCCACGACUCCUCCGCCCUCCUCUCCCUCCUCAACAACCCCCAGAUCUACCCGUACCUCGAAUCCACCCCGGUCCCAUACCUCCCCGAACACGCCACCGCAUGGCUGCAGACCUCGCACGAACAAUCCACCGCCCUCCUACACGCAGCGCAAACCAACCGCUUCGUCGACGGGCUGCCAUUCACCUGCAUCCGGGAGGUCACCAACGACAGUAACAGCGACGUCUACAUCGGCAACGUAGGACUAGUCCGGUACGCCUUCUACGAAUUCAAAAAGGGCACCGCGGAGCGCGAGGAGGCCGUGCGCAGGAAUGAAGCGUUGGGGAUUGGUAGUCCGGAGAUUGUUUGGGGGUUUGGUGAUUAUCUCUCGCCGACACACCACGGCAAAGGCAUCAUGACGGCUGUGAUCAAAGCUGUGAUUGAGGAAUGGGCGGUUCCGCGGAUGAAUGCGCAAGUGAUCAAAGCGUCGGCGUAUGCGGAUAAUAGGGCUAGUAUGCGGGUGUUUGAGAAGAAUGGGUUCCGGUUGGAGUAUGAGUUGGAGGAUUGGGCGGUUGUGCCGCCAGAUAGAGGGGGAGGGGUGAAGUCGAUUGUUGUGUUGGUUUGGGAGGCAGGAAAUAAGUCGGAGACUGCGAGUGAGGAGGAAUUGCAAGAUACCCGGGCUACUGAUCCAUGA